AUGGGGAUUGAAACGGUGUCGUUUCCGCGCGUGACGUCACGCACUUCUGUGUUAUUCGACGCGCCGGGGGAUUUUGAUGUUAGAAAGGAGGUGGACGAGGUUUGCAGUACGACGUCGUCUUCGUCGAUCGGAAGGAAUAGUGAUGAUGACGUGUCGUCGGAGAGAUCAACGGUUGAGAAUGAAAAUGAAGCGGAAAGUGCUUAUAAUGGUGGGGCUUUGCACGAUAUGGAAGCUUUGGAAGAGGCUCUUCCUAUUAGGAGAGGUAUCUCAAGCUUCUAUAAUGGCAAGUCUAAAUCCUUCACAAGCCUAGCUGAUGUUGUCACAACACCAUCUGUAAAAGACAUAGUGAAACCAGAGAAUGCGUACACAAGGAGACGGAGGAAUUUGAUGGCGUAUAACCAUGUUUGGGACAAAAACAAAAAUUAUCCUUUGAGAAGCAAUGGUGGUGGAAUUUCGAAGAGAACAAUGAGCUUAAGUAGAAGUACUUUAGCUCUUGCAGUUGCAAUGACCAAUUCUGAUAGCAGUUCUAGUAUUACAAGUGAUGAUUCUGCAUCUUCAACCUCAAAUUCUUCAUCACUUCCACCGCUUCAUCCGCGGAAUAGAGUGUCUUCUUUAGCAUCUCCUUUGCAAAGGAAUUUUUUUUCCUUGGCUGAUCUGCAUCAUUGUGCCAUUGCUGCAACAAUGAACAUGUCAAGUUCCUCAAUUGAAAAUGAAAAAGCUUAUCAUCCAUCGUAA